CAGACAAAAGACAAUUUUUUCAAUUCAAAAACCACCAAAAGUCCUUGUUUUUGGAGGGAGGACGAUUCUCUUCACACCCAAAACCCAGCUGCCUUGCCCGGUGCACCCAGCAGUAGCCGCCGGCCGGCCUUCUCACACCCAGCACCUCCCGCCGGACUCUGACGGCCUCUCCUCUUUCUCUUUCUGCACCCAGCAAUGUUCUCCGGCACCACCUCCAGCUCAAGGUCUCAAAGGUCCUCCAUUUCGCCUUUUCGCUCCCGGAAGUCCUCCGGACCCACCAAGCCUCCUACGCCCUCGCCUCGCCCUGCCACCCCUUCUUCCUCCACGACGUCCAAGCCCUCUCUGUCUCCGGCCUUCUCCUCCGCCAGCCCAAACCCGCCGUCCCUGCCGUCCCCGCCCGAUGUCUCCAAGUCCAAGGAGAAUGUCACCGUCACUGUCCGCUUUCGUCCCCUCAGUGCUCGGGAGAUUAACAAAGGGGACGAAAUAGCGUGGUAUGCUGAUGGCGAUUAUACAGUCAGGAACGAGUCCAAUUCCUGCAUUGUUUACGGUUUCGAUAAGGUUUUUGGUCCAGCAACGACGACACGCCAUGUCUAUGAUGUUGCCGCACAACACGUUGUUAGUGGUGUUAUGCAAGGGAUUAAUGGUACCGUGUUUGCAUAUGGGGUUACUAGUAGUGGGAAAACACAUACAAUGCAUGGGGAGCAAAAGUCACCAGGAAUUAUUCCACUGGCAGUGAAGGAUGUUUUUGGAAUUAUACAGGAGACACCUGGGCGGGAGUUUCUUCUUCGUGUUUCAUAUCUGGAAAUAUACAAUGAGGUCAUAAAUGACUUACUUGAUCCAACAGGACAGAACCUACGAAUAAGAGAGGAUGCUCAGGGAACUUAUGUUGAAGCAAUCAAAGAGGAAGUUGUAUUAUCUCCUGCUCAUGCUCUUUCCUUGAUAGCAACAGGAGAAGAGCAUAGGCAUGUUGGUUCUAAUAAUUUCAAUCUGCUUAGCAGUCGCAGCCACACUAUAUUCACAUUGACUAUUGAAAGCAGUCCACGUGGUGAAAAUCAUGAUAAAGAAGAUGUCACCUUGUCCCAGUUGCACUUAAUUGAUCUUGCAGGAUCUGAGAGUUCUAAAACUGAAACAACUGGAUUGCGAAGAAGGGAGGGCUCAUACAUCAAUAAAAGCUUACUUACGCUUGGCACUGUGAUUUCUAAAUUGACAGAUGGAAAGGCAACUCAUGUUCCAUAUCGAGAUUCAAAACUCACCCGUUUAUUGCAGUCAUCCCUAAGUGGUCAUGGACGUGUAUCUCUUAUUUGCACCGUGACUCCUGCAUCAAGCAAUAGUGAGGAGACACACAACACACUGAAGUUUGCUCACCGGAGCAAGCAUGUGGAACUCAAGGCUUCCCAAAAUAAGAUUGUGGAUGAAAAGUCUCUUAUAAAGAAGUAUCAGAAAGAAAUUUCCAGUUUAAAGCAAGAACUUCAGCAAUUAAGACGUGGCAUGAUGGAGAAUCCAAAUAUGACUCCAACUAUUCAGGAAGACCUGGUUAAUUUGAAGCUUCAGCUGGAAGCUGGUCAGGUAAAGUUGCGGUCAAGAUUGGAAGAGGAAGAAGAAGCCAAGGCAGCUUUAAUGGGAAGGAUACAACGAUUGACUAAACUAAUCUUAGUUUCCACGAAAAAUACUAUCCCGCCAAGCAUAUCUGAACGACCUAGCCAUAGACGGAGACAUUCUUUUGGGGAAGAUGAGCUUGCAUAUCUGCCUGACAAGAAACGGGAAUACCUUGUUGAUGAUGAUGCUGGAAGUUAUGCGUCUGAGAUUUCAGUGGAAGGAAGAGAUGAGAUCACUAAUCUAGAUGAGUUGGUCAAAGAUUACAAAAGAAACAAAAAGCGUGGAAUGCUAGGAUGGUUUAAAUUGAAAAAACCUGAGAAUUUUGUUGGAUUAUCAUCGAGCGGCGAUAGUGAGAGCUCUACAAGUGGGUCACCAGCAGCUUGUUCAAUAUCUUCUCAAAAUAGAGUCAAAUUUAGUGAUGUGAAGGAUGGAAAAAGAAAUUCUGUCAGUAGAAAGGGAGAUGAUUAUACCAUUAUUAACCCAUGUCCGGAAAGAACCCAAGCAGGUGAUUUGUUUGGUGCAGGUUGCCGUUUACCUCGGACUGGGUCCACAAUUACAGAUCAAAUCGAACUUCUUCGUGAGCAAGUGAAAAUGUUAGCUGGGGAGGUGGCAUUGUGUACAAGUUCUCUCAAAAGACUUUCAGAGCAAGCGGCUACAAACCCUGAAGAUUCACAGCUUAAGGAACAAAUGCAAAAGUUGAAGGAGGAAAUUAGUGAAAAGAAGCUUCAGAUAUGUGUUCUAGAGCAACGCAUGAUUGGAUCACUCGAGAGGUCUCCACAAAUGUCAAAUAACAUUGAAAUGUCUCAGGCUCUGUCCAAGCUUACUACACAGUUAAAUGAGAAAACUUUUGAACUUGAGAUUAAGUCAGCUGACAAUAGGAUACUUCAGGAACAACUACAGAUUAAGAUUUCUGAGAAUGCAGAAAUGCAAGAAACGAUUCUUCUGCUAAGACAACAGCUCAGUUCACAACAAAUUGCUGAUAGUGAGGCUACUAGACUCGAAACAUAUCCCAAAGAGCUAGUGCAAAAGAACAAUGAAAAAAGGGAUAGGUUUGGUCUGUGUCAAGAAACUUGUGCUGAUGAAAAUACACCAACCAGUGUGAUGAGCUUAAACAGAAUCUUUUCGCUCGAUGACUCCAAAGACUGCAACAAAGAUGCGUAUCUGAAUUCCCAAAUCCAUGUACAGACUUCUGAAAUAGAGGACUUAAAGCAAGAUAAGGUGAGACUGUCCGAAGAAAAGGAGGGGCUUGAAGUUCAGAAUAUGAAACUUUCAGAAGAAGCUUCAUAUGCCAAAGAGCUGGCCGCAGCUGCAGCAGUUGAGCUUAGAAACUUGGCUCAAGAAGUAACCAAACUUUCUUAUGAAAAUGCAAAGCUGACUGGUGACCUUGCUGCGGCAAAGGAGGUUCAGUGCCGAUCAAAUUGUCAGAGGUCUACUUCAUAUGAUUUCAAGAAAAAUGGCUUAAAUGGUCCUCGAGGCCAUAAAAGGCCAGAGGAUGUAGUUUUGGUUGAGGAGCUGCAGAGGGAACUUAGUGCAAGAUGCCAAAGAGAAGCUUCUCUGGAGAAAGAAUUAUCUGAGAGAGAUCAGACAGAAGAUGAUUUGCGAAGAAUGUUAGAUAAAGUAAAACAACGUGAAGUUGAUUUAGAAAAUGAGCUGGCAAACAUGUGGGUGCUGGUUGCACAAUUGAGAAAGUCUGGCAUUAAUUCCGAGGAUGUGUCACUCGACGGGGUUCAUCUAUCUGAAAGUUCACGUACAAGAGUAAAAAAUGGGUUUCUUCCAAGUAAUGGUCAUUCAGAAGUUAUUUUCAAAGACGAUGGAAUCCCUGAAAACCUAAAUGAGAUGGGUACAUUGGAAGAUUUAAGAACCAGCUAUCAGAAAGAAAGGAGAAGAUGCAAAGAGUUAGAAUGCUAUAUCUCUAGACUUAAGGGUGAAGAUGUUGCUGGUCUUGAUGUCACUACUCUUGAAGAACUGCAGAACCUUCAUGUUGAGGCUAUAACAAAGAUUUGCCAUGCGAAGUGUGCAAAUCGUGUAAUUUAGCAUGCUCUCCUCCAUCGUCAUACUUAAUCGCUUGAUAUUUCAGGUACUGAGCAGGUGUAAUGUAUUUUGUACAGAAUGAGAAAAUUAACCAGAUUGAUCUAUGUCUCUCAUUGUUUACCGUCAUCCUUCUCUAAUCUAGGAAUAGCUUUGGAAACGAUAGCAGAUGAGUUGCGCCUUUCUUGUCACUCAAGAUUCAUGCAACCAGUUUGUAGUAGAGAUGGAUCAGGGGCAUUGCCAUACAAGAAUAUUAUCUAUAUAACGAAUAUCUGUAUUAUCGGGUACUAGGGUUACCCGCUGACCUGAUUUAACAUUUUAAGUUGUAAGACGGAGAAAACUAACAUCGCUUUUUCUUCUCUGCUAGAGUAGCAGACAAUGUAACUGUUGUAACAA